AUGAUUCUAAUCUUUGUUCUUGGUUUCCUGCAUCUGUUGAUGGUUCGUUCAAGAACCAAAUUAACUCAGUUCAAGAAUGUCAAGAAAAACUCUCUCACCAUCAACCAGUAUCUUGCUACCAUAAAAAAACUUAUUGACUCUCUCACUGCUCUUGGGUAUGAUGUCCUGAAUGAAACACAUAUAGAAGCCAUAUGUGAUGGUCUUCUUGAAGAUUAUUCACGAUGCAUUACACUUAUUCAAACCAAACCUGAACUCUUUACUAUUGGAGAGGUUGAAACUCUUCUUAUUUCUCAUCAAGAAACGCUGGAAAAAUUCAAACAACUUUCCAUUGGAUUAGCACAAGCUCAGUUAGCUCAAUCAAAUCUUUCCAAUCCAAGAUUUGCUGGAAGAACCUCUGGAGGACGAAGAGGUGCUCGUGGUGGAAGAUUUGCACGCGGUGGAAGAAAUUCAUGGCAAACAACAAAUCGUCUUUGCUGCCAAGUGUGUAAUUGUCCAGGCUAUUCCACUUUACACUGCUUCUAUCGAUUUGAUCAAGCAUACAAUGGAUACUCUUCAAAUUCAACCGAUGCUGGUUCAUUUAAUCCACCACCUCCUCCUUCUUCCUCCUUUCACCAGCCACAGUGCUACCUCACUUCCACCUCUUCCAUUGCUGACACUGCAUGGUACCCCGACACCGGUGCAAGCCACCACCUCACACAUAAUUCUGCCAACCUUGUAUCUUCAGCUGAAUAUACUGGGCCUGAUCAAUUAUAUAUAGCAAAUGGAUCUGGUCAACAAGCAAACACUUUUUCAAGGAAUUCUUAGACAUGGACUAUAUUCCUUUGAUUUGUGUGCGCCAACAGCAUUAUAUGAUCAUAAUUUUCUUUUUUAGCUUCUUGUAAUCUCAAUCUUGCUUUGUGGCAUAGAAGGUUUGGACAUCCUUCUAACUCUAUUGUAAAAAGUGUCCUCAAACAAUGUAAUAUUCCUAUUAAAUAUUAAUCAAA